CGACUAGGGCAAGCCGGGCGCGCAUCUGUUAUGUUGCAGCCGCAGAAGGUGGCGGGGAAGGGUUCCCGGAGCGCUCGAACUUAAGCAAGCAAGCAAGCGCGCACACAUACACACGGACGCGCGCGUCACGAGUUGGGUAAAGGGGCUCGCUCUCUCUCCCCCCACCCCCCAACAUCCCCAGGAUCCGGGUAGAGCCUUCCUUGGACUGUGCGCUCAAGAUCUCCACAGAGGAUCGGCGAUCGGUGAUCCAGCUCCCCUGAACGCGCCUUCCCAAGUAGAGGGGGUCCGGUUUGGUGGAGAUUUCUCCCGAAGGCGAAGCUCGCGUGGGAUCUUGCCAGGCCGGACAGCCUUUCCUUCAUCCAGGAAAACAUGCCACAAACUCUGCCCUUUGUCGCUAUGUUCGACAGCAGCAGUUAUAACCGAAACUUGUACCAGGCGAAAGAGGACAGCUGUGGAGGCCUCUGUUACCAUGACAACAACUUGCUGUCGGGAUCCUUGGAAGCCCUCAUCCAGCACUUAGUGCCCACUGUUGAUUACUACCCCGAUAGAACAUACAUAUUUACUUUCCUGCUCAGCUCUCGGCUCUUUGUACAUCCUUACGAGUUGAUGGCCAAGGUUUGCCACCUAUGUACUGAGCAACAGAGGCUGGAGGAGCCUGCCGCUGAUAAAAGCCGGUUACGGAAGAUUGCUCCCAAAAUCCUACAGUUGUUAACAGAGUGGACAGAGACGUUUCCCUACGAUUUCCGGGAUGAGCGGAUGAUGAGGAAUUUAAAAGAACUGGCCCACCGAAUAGCCAGUGGGGAUGAGCAGAUGUACCGGAAGAAUGUACAGCAAAUCAUCCAGAGUCUCAUUCGUAAGCUGGCCUCUCUUAGCCAAUAUGAAGAGGUUCUUGCAAAAAUCAAUGCAUCUUCGACAGACAGGUUGACAGUCCUGAAGACCAAACCACAGGCCAUCCAGCGGGAUAUCAUCACCGUCUGUAGUGACCCCUACAUGUUAGCCCAACAGCUGACUCACAUAGAGCUAGAAAGGCUUAAUUACAUUGGACCACAAGAAUUUGUCCAAGCUUUUGUACAGAAGGAUCCUCUGGAUAACGACAAGAGUUGCUACAGUGAUCGGAAGAAAACACGGAACCUGGAGGCAUACGUAGAGUGGUUCAACAGGCUCAGUUACUUGGUGGCCACAGAAAUAUGCAUGCCGGUGAAGAAAAAACACAGAGCGAGAAUGAUAGAGUACUUCAUCGAUGUGGCCCGGGAGUGCUUUAACAUUGGCAAUUUCAACUCCUUAAUGGCCAUUAUUUCUGGAAUGAACAUGAGCCCAGUUUCCAGACUAAAGAAAACCUGGUCAAAAAUCAAGACCGCCAAGUUCGACAUUCUUGAGCACCAGAUGGAUCCUUCCAGCAAUUUCUACAAUUACCGCACAGCCCUGCGAGGAGCAGCUCAGAGAUCUCUGACAGCUCAUAGCAAUAAAGAGAAGAUCGUCAUCCCUUUCUUCAGCCUGCUCAUCAAGGACAUUUACUUUCUCAACGAGGGCUGCGCCAACCGCCUGCCCAACGGCCACAUCAAUUUCGAAAAAUUUUGGGAACUGGCUAAACAAGUGAGUGAAUUCAUGACAUGGAAACAAGUGGAGUGCCCUUUUGAGAGGGACCGGAAAAUCCUUCAAUACCUGGUCACUGUCCCAGUCUUCAGUGAGGACGCACUUUAUUUGGCUUCCUAUGAGAGCGAAGGCCCUGAAAACCACAUUGAAAAGGACAGAUGGAAGAUGCUGAGGUCGACGCUACUGGGAAGGGUUUAAUAAAUGUCUAGCUUCCUGCUCAUGCUGCUGGUUUGUUUUUUGUUUUUUUGGACAUGGAUUCUUAUUAUUGAUGGCCGUGAUUGAGGCCAUUUAUUUAUUUUCCUUUCUCUUCUUCCCUGCCCCGCCCUUUAAAUCAAGUGACAUUUUAAGUUAUGAGCACUGUGCAGCUGGUUAAGGCAUGUUAGGACUUUGUACAAAGGAAGAAGUGCAAGUUUACUCAAGAAUAAACAGACAAGACUUCUUAACACCUGACAGAUCAUCAGAUUAGACCACAGGUCUGUGACGAGUGAUUGAUCAAAGAUCAUAAGGAGGAAACUCAUCUGAAGAUCUGAAUCUGCUUUGCAUAAUUUCGAAACACUUGGCCAAGGCUCUCCACUACCAACACUUCUUAUUUUCGCCCUGCUGCUCCUUUGAUGUGUUAAAAACCUGCUGCUACUUGUGUACUUGAGUGCUGGAUGCUAAAGUAAAAUUUCUCUUCAACCAUUGGCAUUCCAACUUGGACUUUCCUAUGUCAGCGAGGAGAAGAGAACCUACUCUACUGAAAUUUCACUGAACAAAUUUAGGAACUUCAGCUUUCUUCCUGAAGAAAGAUGCUCAUGAUGGAGUGAAAUGGGCUGCUAUCUUUUUUUUUUUUGCCUAUUUAUCACGGGAAGGGGGUUAAUUAUUAUUUUCUUCAGCAGUUUUUGUUUGUUUGUUUGGAGUUAGCUGCUGGCUGGCAAACUCUGAUUGUAUAUUAUUUGGAAAUAAAAUGUAAUGAAGCUCAGUGCUGUGACAGGAGAAGCAGACACUAGAAGGAUAUGUAGCAAAUGUAGCUAGACUGUAGAAAAGCUCUCUCUCCCCCCCCACUUCUCCAAGUGUAUAAGUUAUGCUAUCUUUGUUUCUGUUUAAGGGUGUGUCUGCACCACAUACUUGAAUCCAGUAUGAAACUAGUUCAACUUCCAGACUUUCCCCAAAGGAUAUUGGGGAUUUUUAAAGAGCUAUCAAAGUGAAAACAGGUUCGAAUAUUUCUUCAGUUUCCAAUGUAGACAUUCCAAAACAUCCAUAUUUUGUGUGUCCUUUCACCAUUCCCCAUGAUAUUGGUUGAACAAUUUGACUUCAUUUUGUACUUGGUGGAUCACAGCUCGGACUGAAGUUCAACAUAAUAUAAAUUUUGUUUUUAGAGAUUUUUUUUAAAAAAAGCAGUAUUUGGAGAUUCUGGUUAUAUACGAUCAAGCGAACCCCUAUUUAAAAAGAGAUUUCUCUUCAGCUGUACUACAGCUGUGGUCGGAGGACAUGCACUCCAGCUUCUGUCUUUUAAUUUCCAGAGUUUCUUUUUACAGGUCACUGUUACACAUGAAGUCUUUAGUAGCUCCAGAUGCUUAACCGCUGUAACUUACUUCCUUUGGGAAAAUCUGGGAAAUGAAAGACCCCCUUGAACAUUAGGCAGCUAGUGACAAAUCAUAUUCUAAACAACGGGACUUGUAUGUAAUCAGUGUCACUGUUAAAAACUGAAAAUAAAUUUUGAAAAUACAGACUUCUGUUUCCUGCCAUACCUGAUCUUUUGAAAAGAAGUACAUGGUUUGUCCGUUCUUAAACUACUUCUCUAAGUAAGUGGGUACCUUGUUAAAGGAACUUGGCCUCAGUUCCUUACAAAAUGUCCUUGAAUGUAAUUUAUGAUUUGUAUUUAUUAAUUACACUUAUAUCCUGUUUUUCUUUUCUCCUGUUUGCUCAGGAAAAUGCAUGUGGGUCUUUUUCUCCUUACUUUAUUCUUAUAAUAACCAUGUGAGGUAGUUCAGGCUGAGUGAGAGAGUCUGGCUUAAGGUCACACAGCGAAUUUCAUGGU